GGGUGAGCCGCGAGCGUAUGUGAGCUCGUCCGUGUCGAGUCCGUGUGUGUCGCCGCAACUUGAGCCGCGCGCCGCGCUACCUAGUUCUCUCUUUCUCGGGCUCUCCCUCUCAGUCUAUCGAAACGACGAAGCGAGCGAACGAUCGGCGCCGCUCUCUUUUGGGGCGUGUGCCGUCCACCUCCAGCAGAUAUCGCCUCCACGCGCGAGCGCAUCUUCUCGAGCUAGAGCUCCGGAACGUUUCGAAGCACACCCGCUUGCUUGCGGCGCAGCCCUAUAAGUAUUCCCUCUCUCUUGGCGUGUGUGCGUGCGUGUGUGUGUGUGUGUGAGUGCCUUCUCCAGGAGCAGCCGAAAAUCAAUUGCCGCACGAGGAUUUUCGGGGACUGACUCGCUCCGUCUCUCUCUCUCUCUUACCGCUGCGGCCGUCUGUCGUCUCUGCUCGGUGACAGAACAACACGCGCCUCCCUUUUCUCCAUCUGUUCUCUGUGUGUGUGUGUGCAGACGCGCUAUAGCUAUAGGCCUGCAGCCAUACGCAUAUAUAGCUACACGCACACACAGUUUCUCUCACUCGUCUCUCCCCGUGCGACCCCCUCUGAGUCCCAAAGUUCCACACGCGCUCUCUCCGUCUCUCUCUCUUACUACUGAUCGCUCUCCCUCUCCCUUUCUCUCGCUCUUUCUGUCGGCUGUCUCUGUCUGCUCGCUGGAUUUGCUGCUGGAAAGUGCGCUCCGUUCGUACUCGGGCCAAGGCUGAUCGCGCGUUCAUGGCUGCUACGGCCGUCGGCGCCGCUGCUUCUGCUGCUGCUGAUUGUCGUCGUUGCGCCGCCGCACCGUCGCCGCUGCUGCAUCUGGGCCGGCUCAGGCCGAGGCCGCAGUUCGCUUAUCCUGCUCCGGCGCAUCGCCGCACAUGAAGGAAUAUGUCGAGCCUCAAAAUCGUGUUGAUUAUGCACUCACUUGCUGUACCGCUGCAAACAACAGAGUUCGAGUCGAGGAACUGGAAGGUACUCGGACAUUGAAAAAAGCCAAAAAGACUUGAUAAUAAAAAGAAUGAAUGCCUGCCGUAUUCAUACCACUGACUCGAGUCACAAAGAUUUUCGAUUCAUACAAGUGAUACGUGUGCUAUAGAAGACGCACGUAACACUAAUUGUCUACAUUAAAAAACAAUCAUUACUAUAUCAUCACCCCUUGUUCGCACAUGGCAGCCAUGAAGCAUGGCAAGGCAAACCAAGACGACGUUUGUUACGUUGUCGCCAAAUAUGACUAUGAGGCACAAGGAGCUCAAGAAUUGGACCUGCGCAAAAAUGAGCGGUAUCUACUCUUGGAUGAUUCAAAGCACUGGUGGAGAGUACAGAGUUCGCGGGGUCAGGCAGGCUAUGUACCAAGUAACUAUGUCAAGAAAGAAAAACCCUCUUUGUUUGAUAGCAUCAAGAAGAAAGUAAAGAAGGGCUCUGGUUCCAAGACUUUACCGUCCAGUAAUUCACCUUCUCGUGUAGUAGAGUCUCCGAUAAUGCCUAGGCGCCUGCCAGCAGACCCUAGCGAAGCUAUUGGGACUGCUGUAGUCAAGUAUAAUUACCAAGCUCAACAAGCUGAUGAGCUUUCACUGGUUAAAGGAACGCGAAUUUUGAUCCUUGAGAAAAGCAACGAUGGCUGGUGGAGAGGACAAAGUGGCACGCAAGCCGGCUGGUUUCCGUCAAAUUACACUCAAGAAGAGGGAGACGCAGACGAUACGCUUCACACUUAUGCUAUGGCAGAAAACGUUUUGGAUAUUGUUGUAGCUCUCUAUUCCUUCUCCUCCAACAAUGACCAAGAGCUUUCAUUUGAGAAAGGAGACCGACUUGAAAUUUUAGAUCGCCCUCCAGCUGAUCCCGAAUGGUACAAGGCGAGAAACGGUCAGGGCCAAAUAGGUCUGGUUCCUCGCAAUUAUCUUCAGGAACUCAGCGAAUACCUGACGCAACCUUAUCGCGAUCGCGUGGGCGUCGGUGGUGGUGGAAAUAACGCCGGUAGCGACAUUGGACUAGGUGAUUCGUUAGAAAGACGAUCUGAUCAUCCUCAUUCCAAUUCUGCAGCUGGUGCUGCUAAUUCUUCGGCAGACAGGCCUCAUUUAAUAGGAAAACCUUGGUACUAUGGUAGCAUUACUCGCUCGCAGUGCGACACGCUUCUAAAUCAGCAUGGACAUGACGGCGAUUUUUUAAUAAGGGACAGUGAAACUAAUAUGGGAGACUACUCAGUAUCAUUAAAGGCACCAGGCCGCAAUAAGCAUUUUAGGGUGCACGUUGAGGGUGCGCUAUACUGCAUUGGCCAAAGGAAAUUUCAUACUCUGGAUCAGCUUGUAGAUCAUUAUCAGCGAGCGCCUAUUUAUACUAACAAACAAGGGGAAAAAUUGUAUUUGGUACGACCUUUGCCAAAAGCUGGAAAUCCUAGUAGCAAUGGCUGCUAGGCUCGUGCGUCCGUUUUUUAUCGACUGAAAAUGACAAUGAGUAAUCGUCCAACGCUUAGUUCAUACGCGUUUAUAUGCCUACUCUCGAGCCUUAUGGUCUCCUUACCUUUCCUUACACUUUCCCUAUUUAGUAUCACCAAGUCGCGUUAUCAUCGCCUUGCAGAUCGUCAUUGUCUUUCGCGUAUACAUAUUAUAAAGGAAAAAAAAUAUGAAAAAAAAAUGACUAACACGACUAGCCAGCUCGCCACAUAUUAGUGUUUUUGAUAUUUUCUCGGCGUUUUUAGAUCAAAUUAUUUAGUAUCCCAAGUAGUAGAUCAUUCUUCACGACGGCUCGUUGCUCAUCAAUGCUUCCAACCAUUCUCAUAAGGCAGCUAGGUUUGUAAUAAACGAUCAUCCAAGUCUUCGAGAAUUGUGUCAAUGUGAGAAAUUUUUACAACCUAUAGAGUGACACGGACUUUUUAUUCGCGACGUUUUUUUAUUACCUCGCUGGCAAAAGAAAUUCAAUGAAAUCAUGUCGUUUUAACAGAUCUUUAGGCACACUUAUUCUAGCUAGUGCGAGUGUAACAACCGAGUACAUAACUACUGUGCAAGUAUGGUCGACCUACUGUUAUUAAGCUAAAACAAAGACUAAGUGUUCAUUUGUGAUUUUGUAUUUAUUAGAAUAUUUCUAAGUAAAUAAAGUAUUUAAGUGUGCACCUAUGCAUCCAUAAUUUUUUUUUUUUUUUCAACAUAUUGUGUAUGUGUUCACUAAAAGAUGAACUCCGUUAAUCCAUCGUACACCGAUCAUUAAUUGUAGAAACAAAAUCAAUAAUUUGUUCAAUAAAUCUUUUUUACUUUUA